AUGUUAAGGAAAUGGAGAAGGGAAGGGGGAGAGGGGGACAGUUACAGGGAGGAAAAACAGAGAUACAAGAAGCUAUGUGAAGGGAAGAAAAGAAGAGAAGUGGAGAAAUGGGAAGCGGAAGUAAAGGAGAUCAGGACGGAGGGGCAGGUAUGGAAAGUGGUAUACAGGGAGAGAAAGAGGAGAAGGAGGGUGAAUGAGGGAAUUAGUAUGCAAGAAUGGGAUGGGUACUUUAAAGAGCUGUUGGGAGGAGUGAAAGAGAGGGUGGUGAUGGGAACAAGAAGAGGGGAGGGGAGGGAGGAGGAGGAGAAGGAGGAGGAAGAGGAGAUAAGGAGAGAAGAGGUGGGGGAAGUAGUGAAGAAGCUUAGAGAGAGAAAAGCGAUGGAAAGUGAUGGAAUUCCAAAUGAGGUUUGGAAGUUUGGAGGGGAGGUAGUGAAAGAAUGGCUAUGGGAAGUGUGCAAUAGAGUGUGGAAGGGAGAGGGUUGGCCGGAAGAUUGGAGGGAGGGAAUUAUAGUGCCUAUAGAAAAAAAGGGGGAGGGGGAGAGAGUGAGGGACUACAGAGGGGUGACGUUAGCGCAAACGGCAUACAAAGUGUAUGCUGCCGUGUUGGCGGAAAGGUUGAGGAAAGAGGUUGAAGAGAAGGGCUUGCUGCCACCGAGUCAGACAGGGUUUAGAAGAGGCGUUGGGACCACGGACAACAUUUACGUACUGAAUUACCUGAUAAACAGGCAAGUAAAUGGGAAGAAAGGAAAGAUGGUGGUGAUGUUCGUGGACUUAAAAGCAGCUUUUGACUCGGUGGACAAGAGGAUUCUGGUGGAAGCCAUGAGAAAAAGGGGAGUAAGGGAGGGCUUGGUGGAGAGGUGUAAAGAACUGUUGGGGGAGACGAUAUGGAGA